AUGAGCUUCUACUCCAAGGUCUUCAGUCAGAGCUCGUUGGUGCCGUUGGCGAAAAUCGCCAGCGCACGGACUCGCACUCAACGCAUCAUCUGGGUCACCAUCACAGCUGCCAUGUUCAUGGGUCUGUGCAUCUGCAUAACGCUGGUGACACUGCAGUACUCCAAACACCAGACUGUCUUCCAGCUGGACUACUCGGGUCGUCACACGGUCUACGACCAGACUCCCGGCAUCACUAUCUGCCCCGAGGGCAAGGAGAUGCUGCGUCUGUUUAAGCACGCCUCAAAGGCCAACGGCUGGCCGGAGACGAAUGUCAUUCCGCCCUGGGAGUAUCCACCCAUUACUGUGGCGUUGUUGAAGCUGAUAGCGGACGCAACGCAAGAGCCCCCGGGGGUCAUCGGUCACCAUCUGCCGCGGGGAAAGUUAAAGUGGGACACCUGGCAGACGGCGAAGUCGCCCAUUUAUCGCAGAUUGCACAACUUUUCGGUGCAAUUUCGAGUUAAACCGGCGCACUUGGAGGCCGCCUAUCAGAUUUUUGUUUUAGAGCAGGUACGUUUUUCGCUAAACCAGGUAGCUGUGCGUACGCUUUAUUGAGAACUGGUGUGGAAGACCUUUUCCCACUUCUUCUGUUGUGAGCAAAAGACCCGUGGCACUCCACAUGUAGGUAAGGACUAACUACAGUAGGUGGGCUAACUCAUGAAAUGUCAACCGAAAUUCCGAAAUGCGUUUCAGUUUCCAAAACAUUACUAAGUAGCCUUGUGAAACUAAUAAUCAUGCAGCAUAAUUCUAUAAUAUUUCAGUUACCAUAGGGCGCCGGAUUUCGAAUGAACUUCCUUUCGGUUAAAUGCUGAAAAUAUAUUCUGUAAAAAAUGGCUACUUACGAGGCAUGCAUUUUUCUCAUCGAUUUUCGAUGCCCUUAGAAGUCUAGUUAUAUUUUAUGGAAAAUAUGCAUAAACUACUCCUUCUUUUGCUCACUCGGUAGAAAAAUAAGUGUUUUUCUAAUAUUAUACUCGAAGGAAGGGUAAUAUUUGGAUUUCAAAAACUUUUCCAUUCCCGAGUAAUUUUGAACCUGCUCUACCGUCACAUUUGGAUUCAGGGUUUCAAAACUACAAGCCGUAUAGGUUCCGCCUACGGAAAACCCCACAUUUCUCUGCGGUAAUAAAGGGGAAAAUACAGAGUUAAUAAAAUUCAACAAUGGAUUUGAUCCAUAUUGGUAACUUUACAAGCCUCAUUGCCUAAUGCAGGGACAGGACGAUUUAUAGACGGUAAUCUCACGGAAUUUAGAAGUUUCACAAUUAGAAACGUCUAUAAAACCGAAUCUUGUACCUCCUUCGAAUAUAAAAUUAAACGUAAACGUAAUUUUCUACCGAAUGAGCAAGAUAAUGAACAUUUCAAUGCAUGUUUUCCAUGAAAUAUAAUUGGACAUUUAGGGACAUCGAAAAUCAAUGAGAAAAAUCUAUUCUAUUUAAGUAGUCAUUUUUACAGGAUAUAAUUUUUGCAUGCAGUCGAAAGAAGAUUCAUUCGAAAGCCGGCAGCCUGAGGUAAGUGAAAUGUUAUAGAAUUGUGCCGCAUAAUUACUAGGUUUACAUCCCUACUAAAUUUAUCAUUUCCAAACGAAAACGCAUUUCGGGAUUUCUGUUGGCAUUUCAUGAGUUAGCUCACCUAGUGUACGUUAUAAAUAUAUCUGAGACUAAAGUAUUUGCUGCAAUGGGGAAAAACCGAAACCGGCUGUUAUUUUUGAAGCUUAACCAAGGGGAAGUCUAGGCAGAUAAAAAUGAAUUUUCCAUUUUCUGUUUACUGCUUAUCAGAUACGUGGAAAUACAUUUUGUAAAAUAACAUCUGUUAACUGCAGUAAUUACUGUGUAAUAACAGUAGACUCGAUUGCCUUGAUGGUUGCCAAUUUUUUCCUCACAAGGAGACUCCUGUGCUAUUCUCAAAUUAAUGCUGUGACCGGUACACCUUCCACUCAUUGAUCGCGCACUUAGCAUGAACGCUGUUUGGAGGACUAACUGAUUUCGCUGACUUCUGCGAGUACUUUAUUUAGUCCUGGUUAAAUGGAAUCUUAAUUAAACAAAAUUUCAUAGAAAGGGUGGAAACCUUAAACCUAGCGCAAAUUCUGUAUUAAGGGAAUUGUAAAUAAUGGAUAGACAUACAUAACUGCAUUAGUAUUUAUAUUUGAAUGGAUUCAAUAGGAUUGGAUAAGGAUGUAAAUUUCGGAUUGAAACCCGCAAGAAGACGUGAGCAGGUGUUUGCGGCUGCAUGCUUUCAUUUUUUGGGUUAACACUCGUUAAUGUUAACGCAUGUGUGGGUUCUGUUUAAUGCCGAGUCAAAAGAUUGCACAUAAAGCAAGUAACGCAGGCGCCUGAGCUUCCGUUUUCAUACAAAGAACCGCCGAAAUCAAGGUUAAAAUUUCUCAUCACGUUUCGUAAAAUUUGCCCAAAAAUAUUUUAUAUUGUAUAACGUGAGACGUUUUGCCCCGGAUAGACGCCAGGUUAAAAUGACGUUGCGCCAACCCCCCUAAACCGUUCCUCAGAUAGGGAGCGGUACGCUGGAACGCCAAAGCUUCAAUAUGACACCUCUCUAGCGUCGAGUCUUUUUGAUUUAGUUGAACAUACACCAGCCACAAAAUAGUAGGUAUCAGUUCACUUCGUCUUAAAGAGAAAUUGGAAGACGUGUGCUUAAAUAUCAAGAUUGAACUCUUAUUCAAACUGAGGAGAAUACGCAUGCGAUUUUGCACUAUUGAGCGGGUUAAGCCGCCAGUAACGAGCUUUUUUGCAACGAAGAAAACGAAUCUUCAUGAAAAAGGGGACACUGUCAUUUUUUCCGAUGGUUUCCUUCUGCUUGGGUGUAAAAAGUGCAUGCCAACGCCUGACAAAGGCAACUUUUUGAAAAGAAAUUUUGACAAGUACUGCGUUUUCGGAACGUUGUCAUACUAUGUAUGACUGGGCGCCUUAGUUUUGAUCGUGUCAUAUAACCCUGUGUUAGAGCGAAAGUGUUUUGUGCCCAUCCUAAGUCUCUAAUUACCGGACACAGGGUGAUUUCUAGUGUGCCUCAUUGACAAUGCCAAUAAUUAUCGAGUGCUGGAAAUCUUGCCGUUAGCAAAGUGUAAUAAAAAUUUGCCGGAAAUACGGUUAUCGUAAAAUAAAAAAUAGCUUCCUCGCCUUCACAACGCGGGUUAUUGGGAUUAAUUUAAUCCUCCGUUUACCUCGGUUACGUAAUCUGCAUAUUUCAUAGAAAGGGAACUCCGUUUGCUGUAAUAAAGAAUAUAAAACCCAGAUUUCUGCAUUUAUUAUUUUUCCACAGUAGACUUUAAGUUCUCAGCAGGAAAGGAUUGUUAGGCGUGCAAUAAAAGCAAUGACCGCGGUAGGCUGAAGUCCGAAUUUGAACGCAGAAUGGCGUGUGCGCUGGCGAGAGUGUUAUGCCUAUAGACAUUAUAUAGUUCUCCGAUCGGCUUUGCCUUGGCAUAAAGACGACUAUAAAGACAUUCAGAGUACAUUGGUAUGAGAAGUGUUCGGUCUCAUGUAAUUAGCAUUCGGAGUUUCCGUUAGGAUGAAGCGGAAUCCUAAUUAAAAGCCUCUCGAAAUGCAUCGGUUUUUAUGUCGUUUGGUGUUUGCUGGCAGUGAGAGGGGGGCGGUUGGGGAUUUAUUUUCACCUAAUCAGUUUUCUGUAAACAAUAGCCUCAGGAUAGUUUGUCUGAACAUUUGACGUUUUUGUAUCUGCCUAUUCUUACGGAAUGGACUUUGCCUCGACACGAGACACGCAACUGUGUCAUCAUGCACUUGCGGAAGUCCACUGUCACGACCACAGGAUCCUGUAACUACUGCAAAAUCUGCGCAGCUCACUACUUUUUGAUAAAAGAUUCCACGGCAAAUCCGAACUAACAGGCGAAUAACGCCAUUGCUCCAAUCAUAGUGCGUCCUUCUUCAAAAGUACUUCCUUGAAAGCGCCGCUUUGUUCCUUUUCAAAGGCAGGCAAGGACUUCUUGGAGGCGAUCGUUCCUAGUUCCUGUGUGGCAGGUCGUAUUAUUACUGAAUUGCAAUCAAGAGCUGCCUGGGAAGUUGUUUUGACAUGUCCAUAACGUGCAUUCACGUGGGUUAGUCAUACAGCCUUAUACAGCCUCAUCUUACAGAUUUCCUUUCUGAGUUAGGGUAUCUGUCGCAUUUUUUACGAUGUCUUCGCUUAGGGCAUUUUGUAUCAAAGCACUUGUCACAUAGGCUAGCAAUGACGUCAAGUCAACGAACUUAAUGACUUUGCUAUAUGGAGUACUCAGAUCUUCUACGUUUUUGAAACCCUGCCGUCCAAACUGCUGGCUUUUAGCUGAUGUCCAGCAAAAUGAUUUGCUUAUUGACAUCGAUAAGAAAAAUGAGUGUUUAAGACAAAAAAUGUGCAACGAUUGUUAAGAAAAAAAGCUAGUAAUCUAUCCACACUUUCCUCAGAGCCUACGCAACAUAUAUCCAGAACAGCAUAUUUACUCGAUAAAUAUCCAAAGGCGGCGGACGUGAGACAGUUGUUAGUUUGGAUUUCGUUUGUUUAGGGUAUGCUUUACAGUAAGUGACCGAUCUCAUGAAAUGUUGUCUGAGAUUCUGAAACGCGUUUUCGAUUGGGAAGGUUAACUUGGGCGCGGUUGUAUUACUGAUUAUCGUGCAUCAUAAUCCUGUAAUAUUUAGAACUUUGCAGGAGGAUAGCUGUUGAAUUUAUUGCCUUUUAAUAUCCUGUAGAAACUAGGCCUGUUACAAAAUGAGUACUUAAAUAUCAUGCAUUUUCCCUAUGUAUUUUCGAUGGUCUUGCAAAGUCAAGUAAAUUUUGUAGAAACUACGAAAAGAAACAUGCUUUCUUUCGGUCGUCUGGUAGAGACUCACGCCGUCUUUGUAUUUAUACUCGAAAAAGGAUUAUUAUAAUUACACUCUUUUUUUCGAGUUUAAAAUAUAACGAUGGCGUGAGUCUCUACCAGACGACCGAAAGAAAGCAUGUUUCUUUUCGUAGUUUCUACAAAGUAUAUUUGAAUUUGCAAGCCAGCAGUUUGGACGGCAGGGUUUCAAAAACGUAGAAGAUCUGAGUACUCCAUAUAGCAAAGUCAUUAAGUUCGUUGACUUGACGUCAUUGCUAGCCUAUGUGACAAGUGCUUUGAUACAAAAUGCCCUAAGCGAAGACAUCGUAAAAAAUGCGACAGAUACCCUAACUCAGAAAGGAAAUCUGUAAGAUGAGGCUGUAUAAGGCUGUAUGACUAACCCACGUGAAUGCACGUUAUGGACAUGUCAAAACAACUUCCCAGGCAGCUCUUGAUUGCAAUUCAGUAAUAAUACGACCUGCCACACAGGAACUAGGAACGAUCGCCUCCAAGAAGUCCUUGCCUGCCUUUGAAAAGGAACAAAGUGGCGCUUUCAAGGAAGUAUAUGUGAAGAAUGACGCACUAUGCCUGGAACAAGGACGUUAUUCGCCUGUUAGUUCGGAUUUGCACUGGAAUCUAAGUAAUUAUUUCAUGAGAUCGACCUGUCACUGUACUUGUUUCCUAGUAAACAUUGCUUAAAGAACGGAAGGAACUGUCAGAAAAGAUCGUUGGAAUAGAAACUGCAUUUUUUUGUACUUUGGAACUAGUAUCAAAUCCGUUGCCAGAAUAUUCGGUCAGAUAAAUCUGGCAGACAAACGGGGGAUACAGUACUUGUAGAAAGCAUUUGCAGCGUAACUGCCAGCUUACUGAAAUUGGCAUUUUACUAAUCCACCACAGCUUGUUCAUCUUAGCAGAACGAUGUUCCAAACUUUUUGUGGGAGGUCACUGCGUCAGUUUACGAAGCGCGGUCCGAUAAGGCAUGACUCUAAUGACUCGCGAUCCACACAAUAGACACCUGCGUCACGAUCCUGUCCGUGACUGCUCCCCAACAAUCAAAGCUCAGCUUGAGAUUCGGUCCUAUGUCUCUCCAUUGCUAAUGCAUAUUCGGUCAUUUGUAUCACGCAAUGUCCUAGUUUUUAGAAGACUAGCUAGUAAGCAUAUGUCUGCUUUCGAUAAAUUCUCGCCAUGCCACUGCAUUUAUAGAGGAACAGGAUGUGGUUCAAAACAUGUCAGCGAUUAAUGCAAUCAAUUAAGGUUCGUUUCAGAUAACAGGUGGAAUGAGAGCGGAAGGAUGCAGAGGGUUGCACUCAGCAAGUGCGGAACCUGAACGAGGUUCUUUUGCGCGCACAAGGCUGUCUUUCCUAACCUGAUGGCAGUCGCGUCUGCUAUUUCUAGCAGACACUGACUCAGUGGCUUAGGGUAGCUCGAGGGAACCCUGAAAAUCACACGAAAAUCUUUGCUGGGGCCCGUACAAUGCUCGUAACGAAGGGUAUGCGCGAGAAUAACACUGUUCUCCUAGUUUCGCCAUUUCCUAGUAAUGUCGGGAAGUAUUCUCGUAUUCGUCUGGAUAGUCGCCAACUCGUACGAACAACACAACCUGCUCCAUAGGAGCAAGUGAGGGAAUAGGUGUGCAUUGAGGUGGUUAGGGGUGGAGGCCUACCCUUGCCUUCUAGGCGUAAAAUAGGGUUAGCAGAGAAUAAUAUUCGAAGCUUUGCUGCUGGGAAGGUUCAUGUGAUAACUUGAUCAAGGCGUUUUCUUAGGCGUUUUCUAGCAGCAUUUCAUCGAAAAGGGACUUUGAGAAACAGAAUUUUCUCUUCGAGUUCUUCCGGCCUUUCGGCGAUAUUCGCUGCCAUAAAUCUGUCAGAGUGUCCAUUUUCGAGAAGCAAGUCCUGAAUAUGUCUACAUUACCCCCCCCCUCGGCGUCGUCUGUCGAGAUUUUUCCAGCUCACUGCCCCAAGCGCCGGACUAGAUUUAUUUCAUGUUAGAAAAAUACGAAACUGCCAAAGUUCACGUGCGGUCCAGACCAAGUUUUCUUCCGGUGGGCCCUCAUUUGAAUGACAUCAUCAGGUCUCCUGUCUAAAAAGACAUCUAAGAAAGGGAGCAAACCAGCCAUUUCUAUCUUCCACGCGAACAUGAUUGAGAGAUGCACCUGAUUUGCGGAAUUUAAGAUGGUAUCUACGCUGAUUUAUGCGGUGCCAAUUUCAAGCGUGCAUCAAGGAAACGACCGUAAUGUUUGAGCUUAUUCAAAUUCCGGUCGAAAUGACCUCUAAACAGGGCAGUAGAAGGGCAACGCCUGUAACAUGGGCCGCUUUGAGCCAACGCCCAGUGGAAUUAGAAUAAGGUUUAAGGUAAGGAUUAGAUCAGUGACUAGGUUUGAGCCUAGACAUAAAGAUAAUUUUUAGGUAAGUCGAUAUCAAGCUUGAGGCCAAGGUAGGAAAUAGAAGCUAUUGCAGAGUAAAUGUUAGGUUUAUGGUAAGGGUCAAGAUUAGGGAAACGGUUUAGUUCUGUCCUAGGGUCAUUUCUGGAGCUACGACAUGAGGAGAUUUUGUCCUUUCAGGACACCUUGAUUACCUGGGCAGGCGCACCUAUUCCUAUGUCUUCUUUAGAAGUCCUUCCUACCGACAUUUCUGCAGCUUACCCAUAAACACAUCGGCUAGUCUUGAAGAAGGAGACACGAUCGCCGGGGCAAGCGCUUUAUUAGCCUGACGUUUCGGACAUCGGCUGGUAGAACUCGAAGAGGCGUACAUACUUUGUUCGAUACGACAUGGGAUCCGGUGUGCGAAUGUAGGCGCUUCCGGUCGUGGCAGUAGAUAUUUCCAUCUCACUACCCAGCGUAUGAUGGGUCCUUCUGGUCUAUUCGUUAUUCUAAAUUCGUUUUCAUUCCGGCCCUAGUGAUCACUUUGCGGCCUCAUUCGAUUAAACGUUUGUGUUAGAGGGACUAGAGAAAAAACCUGCUCACUGUUUUAUGCAGAUCAUCGUACGUUCUGUUUAUUACUGAAGUAAUUCUGGUUCAGUGACGGAUUUCAAAAGGAAAGCAAUUGUAUCGUGUUCUCUGGUUGGUCAAAGAAAACAAGAAUUACUCAAACGACAUGUGACUACUUCAGCCAGCGGACAAGCCAAGAGUAACGAAGUUAUUGAAAAGAAGUGGGUUUUUCCUCUUCAUCAUGAGCUCUGUUCGUCUGAAGUUUCGAAUUUCUACAUGAAAUUUUUUCAUAGAUGCAACGACAAAACAAUGUCUUGUAUGGUUCUGUAAAACAGGUAUUAAGUAAUUCUAUUGUGAGAUUUUUUAUCCGACGCAUAAUUGGUUCUGUUCAAUCAAGACAAAUAAAACCUGCUCGCACAAACUAUGGUAUAUAAAUUUGGAAGUUUUUGCUUACAUACUGCUGCCAAGUCCGUCCUAUUAUGGUUGAUUUAUGGGUCUUUUAACGUCUUUGGCCAUAAAAAAGCAUUUCUCCGGAGGUAAGCGACGUAGGUUGCUUUAUAACAGUCCACAACAAAAUAAAUUUUAUUGGAAUUUAAGUCACUCUGCCGCAUGACAUGCUAUGACAAAAUCUCUCUAAAGUUGAAGUUGCCGGUUAUUUUGCAAGGUGAGAAUCACGAUGAGUUCCUCUGAAUUUUGCCGUCCACAUUUAAGCAGUUUGUUUUUUUCAAUUUAACCAUUUUCCAACUUCUUAGCGCGCGCAUUUGAGAAGUCGCUGCCCUAAUAAAGUAAAUGCUUGACGUAGUAAAGUGGUUUGGGACUGCGAAUAGUGCAUGUCGCCAGUAUUUGAGUUCUAAACUUUCGCACUCAAGGCCCAAGAAUUCACUGAAAAUCUUCAUCUUACAUUGUUCAAGUAUGUCCAGAAUCCUCAUAGGAUGUUUAUAUUUCCGCUCGCUAACAGGUCCCACACAAGAUCAGUUUCAUAUGCACCACCUUUGAGCUGGCAUCAAGUGAGCCUGAACUCGCUUGGUCUGACCUUGAAGUUGAGAUCUCACAGGACAUGACCACCGCAGCCGUCGCCACCAACACCGUCGGUGCGGAGAUUCCCCGUGGCGCCACCUUCACCAUCAUUACCCACGAGCGCGGUGAACUGCCCUUCAGUGCCUAUGAUCGCAGCAUCCACACCAUGAUCACCCCCGCCACCCAGAUUUCAAUUUACUUCUCAAAGUCCGUCACUCGACGCAUUAACACUGCUCGCAACCCCUGUCACGAGGGUCCCGACGCUAUUUGGAUGUCCAACACGCGGGUCAGUCCGGAUGAUCCGACCGACGGCAACCACGUGGAUAAUGCCACCGUGGUGACAACGACUGCCGACACAGGCGUCCGCUUCCUGGACUUCCUCGACCAGCGUCGAUUGAGUCUGAAGAAACAGCGUGCCUGGCCCACGUCGAAUCUGCCCUAUCUGCUGACCGUACCAUUCAGUCCGCCCGCCCAAAGUUUGGGCGCCUCCGUGCUGAAGAAUGUCUUUGGAGUUGGAUCCAAGGAAGUCCGAGGCACUGGCGCCACCAACGAUGGUGGUAGCAGCGGCGCCGGCGCCGGCGGCGGUGCCGUCGACCGCUCACUGACGGUACGUCUAUUCAACACGGAGCUGCUGUACAGCCGUGAGGCCUGUGGUUGGGCCGUGUGCUGCCAUAAGGUGGCACGUAACUGCAACUGCACCUGCUCAAUGGACUGGCUACUCUUCACCGGUACUGAGACCUGUCCGGCCAUGGAGUGUGAAAAACACGAGUGCACCGACUCACCCAUCCUCUAUGACCAGUGUCCCAUGCCCUGUGUGACGGUGAAGUUUAUAAAGCAGAACUCCCUGGUGAUUGGACCGGCGGACUCCGGUCUGCCAAGCAAUGUCUCCCUGAUGAAACUGCUGCGCAGUGAGAACGUCCAGGUGGCCACAGAGGAGGAGAUCUACUCCUUGGCGAAGCUCUUCUCGGAGAUCGGCGGUCUCUGCUCCCUCUUCAUCGGCUUCAGUUGCAUCUUCAUCUUCGAACUGCUGGAGGCCAUGCUGCUGUUCAGGUCGGACAAGCGGGGACUGAGGGCGUUGACGGCGCAGCAGCCACCGCCGGUGUACUGCUGUUCGGGCGAGGCGGCCUCCGCUCCGACGCGGAACGGCGGGCGGCGGAAAAAGUGCGUGGCGAUGGCACUGGAGGAGAACUCGGUCGUCCAAAAGUCUGCACCCAAGCCGGAGACGGCGUGUAGAGAUGUUAUCAGUGAGGAUGACAGAGGGGCCAUGGAGCUGGAACGGAAGGAGUGCGUGACGAUCACGGUAGUCAUGCGAACGAGUUCACUGGACGAAUGUAAGCUGGCCAGCCCCUUGGAUAAUGAUGCCGCGCAUCGGAAAGAAGAUACCUACCCAAUGGCGGAUUCACAAGGCGAGUCUUGGACAAUAUUUUUCUGCUUUAACUUUUACCGACACAAGGCGUUAUCUCCAAACCUGAGGGUAUUAGGGACAGGCCUGUUUAAAUGCCGCUUAUAAUGGCUAUUUUUUGCAGUUUCACAACUUUUUUUUCUAGUUCGUACGAGAUUCCAGCAGCCGAUUCGUGUCAUUUCUUUUAGUCCACGGCCUUCAUUGAUGCUGAACGACUUUAAUUCCCAUAAACCGUUUUCCAAAUGCAUGGACUACAGGUACAUCUUUUCAUACCCUAGUAGGAAGCAAUGCAUUCCAGCGGAAUGCACACACACACACGCGCGGUGUUUUCCAAUUAAAAUACUCGAUGUGUUUAAACUCCAAAAUUUCUUGGGAAUUCUUCUGUGAUUAUUCCUGGCCGCAAACAAAAUCUAAGUAAAAUCGAUUUUUGACCGAUUGUGGCUGAGAGCACAACCACGCUCCUUGUCCUUGUUUAAAGUUGACGCAGGUACAUGGGAGCCUAACGUGUUUUACCAGUGUCAUCCGAUCGAACUCCUUAGAAUGUUUCAAUGAACUUGCACUUAUCCACAAAAUAAUAUUUUAAGUAUCAACGAAUUUCUUCCUAAGUAUAGCUAAAAGGAUAAGUGGAGCUGAAAAAUCGGCACAAAAUAUAGCAUGAUUUGACGAUGACUGGCAAUAUAAAAACCAUCUCUAGUGCAGGCAUUAUGGGACUAAUAAAAUUUCGAAAGCAGAGACGAAUCUAUAUAGACGUGAGAGUGCCGCCUACAGGUCCAAGUGUUGGUAGUAUAUAGUAAAUCGCAUCAACGAUACAAAUAUGGAUGAUUUAAAAAUUUGUGAAGAAUUACGGUUUUAUUACGCCAAGGGUAAGCAAAUCCUAGCCAUGGGACUAGAAAAUGCUAAUGUAAGUCGUGUCGAUCCUCCAUUGACAUGCUUGGUGGAUUCAAAUCCACUUUUAGCUUUUCAAACCGACUAACGUAUAAUCAAUCAGACCGCCAGUGGAUCAAACCUAACAAAAGAAAAUAUUCGGACAAAAAUUGAAGAAUACGAAUUUCCACUGCCUAAUUCUUUAUAUGGAUCAGUCGAAGCACAGCCCCUUGUAGGGGUAACUGCUGACGUCAUUGAACUUGGUGGACAUGAAGUGAAUAUAAAAUUUAUUACUUUCCUGCGCAAGGCUUCCCCCCUCUUUCUUUUCCGUAAAAGCUGUUCUCCAGAACUUCCGAAAGCAGUGGAUGCUUUUGCUGUACAAAAGUCUCCCGUGAGUAUAAACAUACCUACUUUGGCCAAAGUUGGCAAAAAAUAUUUUCAAAGAAGCCAAGGUCCUUUUCUGUCGACAGAAUUUGUUUUACAAAGUCCGUAAAGAUGGCGAAAGAGAAUCGACCACAAGCACGUAUUACGACUCAGCAGGCUUUUUGUAUAAAGAAGACCCAUGCUGGUAUUUUUAGACACUGGCGUAAACCCAUAGGCCCCUGUUUUGAAAACACUGCUAAAUUCGGAUUUUUGCACAAGUAUAGACUGCGCAAAAGUCGUGUUGAUUUCUCGAAACAUUCUGAUGUCUUUCUGAAUCCAUCCGUCGGUCAGAUGUGGUUAUAUAGCCGCAUCUGAGGCAAACAGACCCCAGCCACCUGUUAUACGGGACCGGCGAUAAUGGGUGUUUAUACAGGUGGGGCUUGGAGACUCACAGGCGACGGAGUCAAGCAAUUGUAUGCAAAAGUUAUUGGCAAUGCUCGGUGGUACCUUGAGUGAUUGAGGAAUAGUUGCCCUAACCAUAAUCCCUAACCCCCUAGCCAUUAACCCUCACUGCUAACCCUAAAUCCAACACCAAAAGUAUUGAGUCCAUCAGGAGGGGCUUCAAAACCACGUCUUACCCGUCCUCCGACAUCAUUGGCUGAGCAUCAGAAACAGGGGUAAGGAUGGGGUGAAGAUUCCCAAACAUAUGUGGCAUAUAAAGAAUACCUACUUGAGUGGGUUUCGUUUUUCAUCGUACAAGGUUAAGUCGUCUGUUCUAGACGGUCUGGUGCAUUAUCUACAAUGACCUCAGCUCAGAGACUUGAGAGACGAUCGUUUUGUGCACUUUAUGUUUAUUUUUUAAUUGUCCUGCUAAAUUUUGUUUGUUAUAUGUCAAUGCAUUAAGACUUUUCCGCCCGUAAAACCAAUUUACCUAUUAUUCAUACUUAUUUUGCCAGUCCACUAUGAAUGAAUAGGUCGCGCCCGUAAAACCCCUGUGACCACCUUUCCCGUAGGACAGACACCCUUGACUGGUCGUGUGUGUGUUUGGAGUCCUUCAUCCGAUCGUUGUCGAAACAGGUUGAUGAGACAAGCCCUCCAGUAGACGGGUAGAGCAGUCAGCUGGGAAGGCCACGCGAGAUGUGAGAAUCCGGUGAGGCCAGGAAGCGUUAAAUGCCUUCCUCAGGUUUGAUCUAAAGACUGCUCUGCGUGGUUCAGUUACGCAAUAACGCAAGCUUAUUAUGCUCUACCAGUGUAAUCUCUGAUCUCUCACGAGCAAGCCAUAAAUAUUACGCUGCAAGAGACAGUCGUUUUGAAGAUGUUGAGCGUCAGGGUAAAGGAAAAAAUUAUCAAUAUGUAAUGGCUAGUUCUUCAUACAGACAGUUAAAAAUCACGCCGGCGGAGAUAUCCAUAAGCAGAACUAAUAAAGCCUUCAAUCUCCUGGUGCUACAGGCUUUAGCUUCGAGGUUCCCUAUGGCGCAUGCUCGGCGGUUAAUUGAGACUGACGCUCUCUAAUAUGAACGAAAUAUUUUUUACACAGAACACCCAUUCUUCGCAUUAGGUAGCAAAGUACGUCCUCAUUUUUCGCUUUUGCGAAAGGGCUGUAUUUCAGGUGUAAACAUUUCUCAAUUCCUGAGUAUUAAUGAGCAUUAUUAGCAUUCGCAAUCGCUUUUCAGUUUUCCGAACUGCAUGAUGUAAAUGUCCACUGUGAAAGAAAUUUUGCAGUCUUUCUUGUUAGAUAGGGAAUACUAAACGGGGCUCAUCAAACUGCGCACAACUUUAUGGUGAGUUUCAAGAUGUGGUAUCUUAAUUGACAUUUCAUUUGCUCAGACACUUCACAAUUUAUAAUUCUUUUAAACUGUAAGCCACACUUUAAGUUGCUAACUGGCAGAUGUUAUUCCCUACCAAAGAAGUACAAGUAGAGAUACUUUUGCAUAUGUUUUCUGCAAAAUAUAUUAAAAAUUAUAAGAGUAUUAAAAAUCAGUCAAAACCAUUGAUACAGGUAGAGUAGUCAUUUCUAACGGAUCUGAAUUUGGUUUUCAUUUCGAGAGAAAUGUCCCAAACGUCGAGGUCUUGAAGUGAAAGAAAUAUCCUGCACUCUAAGGAAAAUUAUAACUACACCUACGCAGACCCAUCUGAUUUAAACUCAUUCCAAAUUUUUGACUAACAUUUUAUCAGGGUAAGCUCUUCCCCUGUAAUACUUCCGAUAAGCUAGGACGGGAUUACUGCUUAAAUCACAGACGCCAGGAAAGGAAGAGGAAAACUAAUUGCGAUCUUGACCCAGUUAUUUCUUUUACCGGGUCAUCGAGCUGGAGUUCACCAUCAGGGGGCGAGGGCUGAGCAAGAGCCGGUAGAGGGCAUCUGCAUCAUCAGCCAAUCAGUGGGCAGUGUCGCAAGUCUGCGCUGGCAUCGUCAUGCUAAUGCAGGAUUGAGUCCUCAUCAGGGGCCCAGGUUUCAUUGAAAUCCCCGUCUGAACAGUCGUCCCGAUGGCAGCAAAACUGAACUCGUGACUGAUUUUGAGGGUGCGAACAGCCGCCUGUGAUAAUUCAUCACUCCAUCACACAGCCAGUUAAUGCUCAUGCUUGCGCUAUCCGAGUUUUCAUCUGUCCUGACCUGUGUUAUUACAAACGUAGACAUGGGGGGAUUUAAUCGGGUCCUUAAUCAUCAUGACCUUGCUGCAGAUGGUAACUUUAUGCCGAUGUCCAAUUCCAGCACCUAGGCUUGCGGCAACGUGCUCGGUCGGCGAUAUCAAGUCUAGCCUACUACUACCUGGAAAGCGUUAUCACACGGCUUUUUUGUGGGCCAUAGAAUUGUUUAUAUGAAGGCUUGGGAGCCAUUCAGUGUUCGUCGGCAUCCCGUAAAUUGGAAUUUUAAUUUCAUUGUUGGGACUUUGUUUUGGAAAAAACAACCAGGACGCACAAAUAUAGAUAAUUGGCUUCAUUUUUGGUAUAUAAUAUAUCUACGAAGAUUUGGAUUACCAGGUUAUGUGAAUUUUGGAGUGACCUUUCUAAAGAUAAACCAAUGUGUGUCGUUAAUCUAUCAAUUCCCGUUUGCCGUAUUCAAUUUUUCUUUGAAUGGAAAUAAAUAUGCACUUUAUGCCUUUGCCAACGACACCCCAUCUACACCAUGAAAUCUUCACCGAAAUUCCGAAAUGCGUUUUCGAUCAGAAAGGAUUACCUAGAUGGGGUUGGAAAACAUAUUAUCGCGCAGUAUAAUCUUAGAAAAUUUCCGUCAUGCCAAAGUAGGAGCUUCUAAAUACGCUGUUUUCCGGUGUCCUUCAAAAUCUACACUAGGCAAAAAUGGACUACUGUAUCUAAAUGGACUACUCCAACUGAGUUCCAGUGCACUUAUAAAUUCCAAUGUAUUUUAUGAUAACCACGCACAAAGAUAUUCCUUUUUGCCCCCAUUUGGUAACAUACCACGUCUUCUGAGAAUGACAUAUUCAAGUAAAGGAGGGCCGUAGGUUUUAAAAAACUUUGUAAAUUCUCGAACGGUUCAAACUCUGCAUGCAGUCGUCGUUGGCACAAGGUUUUCUUAUUACAUACUGUAUACGUUCUUCGUAAAGAAAUAGACUUAUUAGUCCUCACGCUUGAAAAGACUUCGUAGAGGGCUCACAAUAUUUACAAUGACCGUAAACCAUGUCAUACAGCUCAUAAACAGCAAUAAUAAAGGAACAAGUAGGACGCUGUAUGAAUGGAAAUGGGAAUUCCCUUAAAAAUCGCAUAAUUGCGAACUUUAUACAGAAAGAUUCUUUUUAAGUUGUAAAGGGCAGGCGACUAUAAAAAAGAUAAUUCGAAAUACUCUUCAUUGGUUAGUUUACACGGACAGAUAUAUGUGGGAGGUAUCUAACAACUUCAGUUAAAUUAAAACCCUAAAACAUUAAGUCGAUUUUGUGGAAAAAACACGGAAAAUAUGAUGAGGAUUUCCAUAAUAGCAGAUAAAGUUUGGAUGAAAAUGGGAGCCUUUAACUAUUGUCGAUUUUUAUUUCCUCAGAAAUUAUCUACGAAGUUGGAGUAGAUCAGUUUAAUCAAGGCCUAAGGGCUGAGACCGAGAUUUUUUAUACAUGAAUACUGGGGCCAAAGUCUAACAGCCACAGCGGGCAGCUAGUAGUAUACUUUAGAUCGACGUGGUACCAUACUAACAGCGCAGGUACUAGACAAAAACCCAUGGGCUAAUAUGCUGGGGGACCCCCUGACGAGCCGAACCCCUCGCAGCUGCACCAUGCAGCGGCAGAAACACGCGCGUAUGGGUUUUGGCUAGAACCUGUGCUGGUAGUAUGGUAUCACAUUACCCUAAAGCCUUUACCUAUAUUAGGACGGGCAAAAUUAUUAAGAUCAUCACCGGAUUUUUCGGUCGAGUAGGAGAACUCGUUUCCGGACACUAGCAAAGCCAGUUUUUGCUGAUUUAUAGUAGCUUGAGUACAAGAACUUCGACGUGCUUUUGCUGUUGGUUUUGAAAUGACGUAGGUUUGUGUUUAAGGCCUCCUCAUCCUUGACGCCAACGUUCCGCCCGGUUGACUUUGUGCCUGGAGCAAUGUUCGUUUUGACCAACAUAAUUGGGCUAUUUAAACGCCCGUUUUGCAUAGGGCAGGUUGCAUUCCUGCAGGUAGCAGUUAAACGUGUCUGUUUGCUGAACUGCUGCUAUUGUAACCUAAAUGAUUUGGGCUAACAGACGUUUGCCGUCGGAUGAACAGAUAAUGCUGAUGUUCCUGCGGCUAAGUGACGCUGGGCGUGGUAAUGUGUUCUGUAAUUAGUGUCUUCUGACGCAGCAGUAUAUUCUGUUAGUAAUUACAAGUACCGUUAUCGUCGCCUAUUCACUUAUUUAAAAAAGAUUCUCAGGUAAUAUGCGAAAAAACAAGUCUCAAGUAGUAUUAGGGAGAUGUACUGGCAUGGCGUAUUCCGAGGCUAACUCAGCUGCAGAAGCAAACUCAAAGAGGGUCAUGAGAUACAGUGAGUGACCGAGCUCAUGAAAUGUUGGCUGAAAUUCUGAAAUGUGUUUUCGAUUAGGAAGAAUUACUUGGUCACGGUUGUGAUACUGAUUAUCUUAAGGCAUACUCUUAUAACAUUUUAGAUUCGGCAGGAUCUCGGCUUUAACAAGCACUUCUUUUUAAUCACCUGUAGAAAGCGUGCUCGGUAAAAUAUGACUACUUAAGUAGCAUAAAUUUUUCCGAUUGAUUUUCGAUGGUUUUGGAAAUUCAAAUAUAUUUUAUAGAAACCACAAACAAAAAUAUGCUUUCUUUUAGUCCAUCAAUAGAGAAUUACGUCUUCUUUAUAUUUUAUACUUAAGGAAGGAGUAUAAUCAGGUUUCAAAAAAGUUUCUCAUUAUGAGACUUUUUAAGACGGCGAUAUGUCCAUUCACAUAGCAUCGUAUCUGUCCGUUUACCCCUGCUUCUCAUGCAAUGAACAACAUGGUUCGCAUCCAUUGCAAAAUUUUAUGGACCCUGUAGGAUAUCUCUUUAAUGACAUGGAAAAAUAUGGGAUUUUCUUUACGGGGAACGCAGGCACCUUGUAGAGUGUAAUCACUUAGCGCUAAUGCAACGAAUUAUCAGGCUCCAAUUUUUUCGGCAAUUAGAAAACUUUUUUAAAACCUAAUUAUACUCCUUCCUUAAGUAUAAAAUAUAAAGAAAAACUGAUCCUCUAUUGCUUGACUAAAAGAAAGUAUAUUUUUAUUUGUAGUUUCUAUAAAAUAUAUUUGAAUUUCCAAAACCAUCGAAAAUCAAUGGGAAAAAUGCAUGCCACAUAAGUAGUCAUUUUUUACAGAGCUGGCUUUCUACAGGAGAUUGAAAAGAAAUGCUUUUAAAAGCCGACAUCCUGCCACGUCUAAAAUGUUAUAAUAGUAUGCCUUAAGAUAAUCACUAUCACAACCGCGACCAAGUAAUUCUUCCUAAUCGAAAACGUAUUUCAGAAUUUCAGCCAACAUUUCAUGAGAUCAGUCACGCACUGUACAGACGUGGAAUUCAAAGGAUACGGUGCCUAUUUAAGUGCCAGCUUUUCAAAGUGAAGGCCGCGUUCCGUGCGUGUGUUGCAGAGAUUUAAUGGCAUUGCUCAUAAAUGGUGCCAUAUAUUCUUGGUUUGCAGUUCUUUUGACAUUCAAACACGCCUACUCUCUCCCUCUCUCUUUUUAUCGCAUGGUGUCCCUAACUUGAUCUCUCUUCGUCGAUCAGAUUGGAUUGCCACGGAUUGGUACGCCCCUGUGGAUGAGUAAAUAGCGUACAUCACACCUAAAAAAAGGUUGUUUGUGUGUUCUGUGUGUGGUCAGAAAGCUCUCUAUCUUCUGUUGUACGGCGCCUGCACGAGGUCGACUCAGUCUGACCACUUACAGAAGCUGCAGAAAUAGACGACGGUCGGACAGGGAAAUACAGUUACCUAAUAUUGCAUUCCAGGGGACAGUUCCUAUUCUCCUGUCAAAAUGUUUACCUUAACCCGAACCCUCCUUGUUCAAAACGUACCAAUAACACGAAACCCCAUAAAAACUUCCUCAACCCCGGCUCACAACCCUAAUCCGAACACCAGCAUGGGCCUUACUGGUGAUUCGACCGUCGCAUCGGACUAUGUCCACCGUGUGUCCUGCAGCCAGGUGAAGCAGGUACGGUGACUUUCGUGUGGUUCAGUUUAUGGUAAGUGUAGACUUGCACAGCACCUACCGCACUCCUCCCUUCUCUCCACCCGGAGCCCGGUGUCAAGACAGAGUCAGGAAGACCGGGGGUGGGAGGACGCAGAGUCCGCAUCUUGGAUUCCAGCCCCAAACCAACUGGUUCACAAAAAACAUUUUCACAGGAGUUUAACAAGCAGCAGCAAAAUAACGGGUCAGAAGGACGAGGAUGACUGGGCAGCCAUGCUCACGACCUGUAUCUCCCAGCGAGAGGACAGACGCAUCCACUGGCAGGGAACCAGUUGUCAGCGCACACCAGACUGAGAGAGCCAUGGCUUCCUGAGACUGGCCUAGUAGACGCUUACAGAUCCUUAGGUUCAGAAGGGUAACACGCAGUCCUGCAUUUGUCUCGGGUGUCACCUUUCAGUGUAGGACAACCAAACAGUCGUCAAUUGCGAGACACCGCACAUAAAGCACACCUCCACACUCCAAACAUGCGUGAGAGUGUCAGGGUGCAGUUGAGACAGCGCCGUGACAGCCUGGCUCUCAGCCUACCACUCCGCCACUCCACACAAACACACACAACUGGGCAGACUGCGUGGACUGAGUUGAGUCAGCGACCUUCCAAGUCACGGCUCUUGACGCACUUUCAAAGUCUCGAAUCACGCAUGCAGCCGCAUGGAGAAGGAGCCCAAUUGCGUGGGAGGUGGCAAUUGCGUCUUUGUGGGGGGGCGAUGGUGGUGGGAAGUAGGGGUGCUGCUGGCGGAAAGUGUGAUGGUGUGGUGUAGUCGGCGGUUGUCUACCACAGGUCAGCGUGAAUGCGCAUGUGUCCUAAUAGGCCCGCUUCGAGAUUUGGGGCUAGACGUCCUGCAGUAGAGGGAGGUCCAUAUUACAGACGGCUAACUUUGUGACCGCGAACCGUGACGGCAGAAACAGUCUCAUUUGAACCGCCCAGCCAACACUGAGAACGACUCUUUUAGGGAAAAUUACUGAACUACCGGUCAUGAUGUGCAUUUUGCCCACGAUUUACGCAUGGACACUUUCACUUCAGACGAUCAGAAGAAGAAGCGAUCGCUGGAACAAGGGUUUCAUUCGCCUGACGUUUCGGAUUCUCACUCCAUCAUUAGAGACAGUUGUAGAAAGCAGCAGUAAUCGAUUUUUAGUCAGAGGCCCGUAAACGCAGUAACCUGUUAUUAUGCUCUUCUACUUACCAAGAUACAGCAUGGCAAACUAGAAAUUCUGAGGACCACUUACUCGAGUGUACCUGGAAGUCUGGAGUAAGGCAUGAUGUUUUCAUGAGCGCGGAAUGUGUACUACUAAAACGUACUUUAGUAACUUACGUAGUGGCGAACUUCGGCUGAAUGGAUAGCAUGUGGAAGGGAGGUAAGUAUUAAUCAAAACGACGUGAAAAUCGCAGUGAUUGCAUGAAACUACCUAAGACAGACUGAGAAGGAUGAGGAGGGGGGGGGGGAGCAACCGCUGUUUCCAGCUUGGAUGACCAGUCGGUCAGCGACAACAUCAUUCGCUUCUGGUGGCACACGUAUGCAACCACAUACAUACAGCGGGUCGGCUGUCUCAUGAAAAGUCAAGCGAAAUUCCAAAAUGCGUUUUCGUUUCUUAAAGAUAAAUCAAAUGGGGUUGUUAAAAUAAUCAUCCGGCAGCCACAUUCUACAAUUAUUCAAUUACCUCAGAAUGCCAGCUAUCAAACAAACUUCUUUUCGCCUGCAGGCAAAAAAUAUACUUUUAAAAAAAUGACUACUUACGGUGAGUGACCGAUCUCAUAAAAUGUUGGCUGAAAUUCUGAAAUGCGCUUUCGAUUAGGAAAGAUUACUUGGUAGCCUUUGUAAUACUAACUAUCCUGCAAAAUAAUAUUAUAGCAUUUCGGACUCGGUAGGAUGUCAGUUUUUGAAUACACUGUUUUUCGAUCUGUAGAAACCGUACUCAGUAAAAAAUGACUACUUAAACAUCGUGUAUUUUCCCAUUAAUUUUCGAUGGUCUUGCAAAUUCAAACAUAUCUUAUAGAAACCAUGAACAAAAAUAUGCAUUCCUUCAAUCAAAUAAUAGAGAAUCACGUUUUCUUUAUAUUUUAUAGUUAAGAAAGUAGUAUAAUUAGGUUUUAAAAAAGUUUCUAAUUAUGAGACUUUUUAAGACCGCGAUAUGUCUAUUCACAUAGCAUCGUACCCGGCCGUUUACCGCUGCUCCUCAUGAAAUGUACAACAUAGUUCGCAUCCAUUGCACAAUUUCAUGGACUAUGUAUAAUAUCUUUUUUGGGGGAUAGAAAAAUGGGUGAUUUUCUUUGCGCGAAACGCAUGCACCUUGUAGACUGAAAUCACUAAGCGCUAAUGCAACGAAUGAUCAGGCUCCAAAUUAUUCGGCAAUUAGAAAACUUUUUAAAACCUAAUUAUACUCCUUCCUUUUGAGUAUAACUUCGGAACAAGACGUUAUGUUAUACCGAAUGAGCGAGAGAAUGAAUAUUGUUAUGCAUGGCUUCCAUGAAAUAUGAUUGGACUUUUAGGAGCAUCGAAAAUCAAUGAGAAAAUUUCGUGAUGCAUAAUUACUCAUUUUUACAGAGUGUAGUUUUUGCACGGAGCUGGCAGGGAGUUCAUUCGAAAGCCCGCUUUCUGAGGUAACUGUGUUAUUAUAGAAUAAUAUUGCAGGCUGACUAGUUUUACAACCCUACGUAAUUAAUCUUUUUGAAACGAAAACGCAUUUCGGAAUUUCGAUUAGCCCAUCUACCGCACUUUGCAAAUGACCUAAUAAACGAGAUCCAAACGAUGUUUUGACAGCAUAAUCGCACAUUAUCCUCAGAUAAGGCAACUGUCGGCCAGCCUUAAUUUAUCAGUGUCUGCUUCACGUCAGUCUUCGUGGGAGAUUAAUGGGGAGUUGUUUUCUUGGUCGUCCUGUGACAUGAUAGAUGGCCGCCUGUUUUGAAACCUCACCGUCCUGUUUUGAAGUCCCCGCCAUCCCUAUUUGGAAAGUGCCUGCUUGGCAGGCAAACAGUGUCCGCGUCCUGAAAGUCGUGUGCGAACCCUGAUCUGGCAGAGACCGACAAGCUGCGCGAAACUACCAAACCUUGGUUUCUUGGAGCCGCUGGCCCACUCAUUGGACCUCAACUUUGGGCAAGCUGUGCUGUCUGUUUAUCCGGCGUAUGACGAGGACACAGAAGAUAGCUGUUCGGUUACCCUCGUUUUUUAGUUACUUUACUAUGUUAUCAUUUAAUUGUGACAAAGCACACGACCCUCCGGGUUGGACCUCGUAGAUCAGUGGUGGUUAGAGCGUUGUCCGGGCCCAAGUUUAAUGCUGUGGGUUAGUCCACCUGCGUCCAACCCCGCCCCAAUCAUCUUGAUUCUGUCUUGAUACUGGAUUCAGAUGGAGGAGGAGGAGGAGGAGGAGGAGAAGAGGGAGCAGUAGAUGGUGCGUAAGCCAACGACCACUAUAAACUAAUUUACGCGUAAGUCGCCAUGCCUACUGCAACUUGUUGUGCAGCACACGGUGGACAGCGUCGGAAUCGACGGCCUAACUGCCGGGUCAGAGUCCCAUCGGUGUCGUCAAAUUAUUUAACUCUGCCAAAAACAUUAAUUAACUAACUGAAACUGAUAGUAGUAUGGUGGAUUCUGAAUGGAUUGCUUGGCAAAUCCUGUUUGCACAGUCAGCCUACUGUAACAGAAUUUUUGGAUUCCAUACUUUGCGGUAUCUGGGCGGGUAAUCUGGCACAAAUGUGAUUAAAACCCUCAGUUCCCGGAGGGGUCUCAUAAUUCACGUAGUUAGAACAUUGACUAUACUCAAGCCUUCCUCAUGCUGCUUUGGGUUCGAGUUCCACGGAGGCCGUCGAAUUUUUCACAACUGAAUUAAAUAACCUAUCCAAAUCUACCAGAAACACUAAUUCCUACAUGGGCAUAUCAUUUUUUUAACAUGGCAUAUUUAUUUCAUGGCGAGGUUUGAUCCUGCAGCCUCAGCUUGCUGAUACCUUACAGUUAAAUUCCUAACCAACUUUAGCAAAUGCGGAUAUGCUGACUUUAAAAAUAUCCUGUGUUUGCAUUUUCCUUACCAUUUUAAUCCAGCGAGUGACUGUGCCACGGGGGAGGAGGGCUUGUACGUCAGCCUCAGUUACUUCCGUUUUUAUUUUACACGUAAGCGUGCUUCGAACCCUGCUUGCGUCCUCCUUACUAUCUCAGUCCAGCGAGUGGCUAAUGGGAUUGAUUGAACAGUUUGGAACUCCGUCGGUUCCACUACAGUACUCAUGCACUGAGAAUUACCACGCGGUUCCUUCUGCGGCAUUCCACGUGUGAUUACGCUCUCCUUAUCCGCUUAAUCCAGCAAGUGCCUGUGUUAAGGGGAGCAUGUUUACACGCCACCCUUCACUCGCUCCCCUGCGCGUGCUUUGAACUCUGCAGGGACUCUCUUCCGCUUCUUAAUCCAGCAAGUGGCUAGGUUAGGUAUGCCAACUAAUAUUGUUUUAGUAAGCUAACCGUAGGGUGUCAAUCAAAUGUUGCCGCAAAAUCAAAUCUUGCCGAUAUUUUACUUCAUUCUCGAACACCACUAGAACAUGUGUGUUCGUUCCCCGGCAAUCUUUUCGGGACAAUGAUUGACAUAAGUGCUCACUUAAACGUGGAAAUUCCAGAGGUUAUACAGGGUAUUUAUUUUAGCGCCAUUACUAUAUCAACGCUGUCCCCUGGCUUAAAUAAUCCCCCCUCCAAUAUGAUAACUCUGACGCGUGCUCGGACGAAUUUGGACACUUUAAUCCCAAAUGUCACUGAACAGCUUUUUCUCCUGCUUCCUCAAUUCGGCAAACAGUUCGCCUGGCCGAUAUCCAUACCGUUCCCUUGAAUACAAUGGGCGGCUGGAGCGUUUAGGCAAUUAAAAAGUCUUCAGAGACUCGGCUGCUAAUAAAAGUCCGUCAAAGGAAAUAAAGUAUGUCGACUAGUGUUGAUCUUUCCGAUCGGCCCUAACUUACGAGUUUUCAUUCAGUAAACGUCAGUUAGUGGAUGGGAAAACCCGCAUGUAGACUUCGUGGUUUUCCUGGUUUCCUUGUUUUCCCAUUUCAUGGCGUCGAAUGUAUUCAGUACAGGUGCAUUAAUAUUUAUUUUCUUCAAUAACCUUCUCCUCUCUUAAGUAGCUAUUCCGGUGGCGUCACCGUAUCAGGGCGCUCAGACGUAAGGAAUCUGUUACGUAGCUUUGUUCAUACAACGCGACAUUUUCUAAAAAAUGGCAGGACUAUAUGAUAUUAAGAAGUAAUUAUAUUUAACAGUUCUGUUAAUAAAGAAAGAGACAAAAUCGCUGGGAUAAGGGCUUUAUUAGCCUGAUGGUUCGGAUUCCUGCUCGAAUCCAUCAUCACAGACAACAGCAGAUACGGGUGAUUCACGAACAAGGGGCUGCAGUAUUUAUAGGAUGUUGUCACUAUGCUACCGCAUACUUAUGAAUAUUCACGACUCUCUCCCCCAUUCAUCAGGGAUCGUUGCACUUGAUGGGCUGACUGUUUGAUGACCAACAUUCGCGUCGUUAACUGCUGCAAUUUCAUCAAGUACGUUGGAUGUUGGUGUGAUACUUGCUCGACCAUCUAACGCACCGACGCUGGUGUUGGAAUAAGUGUUCACAUGGGCGUUCCCCGCCUGGUCAAUUACUCCGCCUAGGCGAAGUCUCAGCACAGAGUAUGGAAGGGAAAGUUCAUUGCACUUGUUAAUGGACUGGGGUCCAGUAAACCAUGAUUCCAGUAGCUGCCGGUUCAUGCGGUUGUCACCUCUUGCGAGAAUUUUGGCCUCAUCGAAUUUGAAUGUGUGGCCGGAUCUCGUCGAAUGAGUCGCAACUUGAGAGCUGACGUCAUUUCUCCGCACGGCUGCAGCAUGUUUGGCCAUUCGCGUUCGAAGCUGCCUUCUAGUUUCUACGACGUAGUUGCUUUGUCCGCAACUGCACCAGAUUCGAUAAACGACUCCAGACGUUUCCUGACAUGGCAGCGGGUGUUUCGGUUUCAUUACCAGACGCCCGAUGAUUGCCUCUGGUCUGUGUACAACUUCAACCCCAAGUGGUGCGAGAAGGCCGCCGAUAGCUUCCGAAACGUUCUUGCCAUGCGGAAUUGCUCCCUAAAAUGUGGGAUCCGUGUGGUUAGACCUUCCGUCCCUUUUGCCUAUGCACCGAUUGACAAAGUUGCGCAGGUAGCCAUUGGCUUUGUCUCUGAUGCGCUCGAGCAGAAAUCCGAAACGUCAGACUAUUAAAUCCCUUGUCUCAGCGAUGGUGUCUCCUUCUUCAAAACAGCUUCCUGGGACUCGUCUCUUCGCCUUUAUUGGCAAUUCCGUUCAUACAUGCAGGAAGUCUACACGAGGCUCAUAGUACCGGCACAUUAAAUGACUCAUUUCGAACUAGAUAUUAAAAAGCGGCGAAGGCAUCCACUUGCCCCACAUAUAUGACUCUGAAGGGAAGACUGUUAAUUUUGACCCUGCGUCCUAAGGCGCCUUUAUUAACGCCUCUAACAACAUGUUGCUAGCCUACUGUUCUAAAACAGCCUCUCCCUUUAAGGCUCCCAGUCCUUAUGAACAUCCACAGUGUUAAUGCACAAUUCACACUUGGAGGCAACAGCACGGCCUACAGUUACGCCUCAUUUUUGUUUGAUGACUCAACUUUGUCAGCAGAAACCAGUUUAACGUAAAGACAUCUAUCGGCAUAACCUGACACUUUAGAAAGUUGGAACUUCAGUUCCUACUCAAACGGACAGCUAAUGUGGUCCUCCAUCUUGAAUGUCUCUAACUGCGCAUUAAGGUAGUGGGCUUGUUUCCACAAAGUUGUCUUUUCAGACACCUAUCAAAACACGACAGCAAGCUUUGGCAACGGUAUAGAGAAGGACCCCACUUGACUGCCACUAGACUGUGGAUUGUGCCAUACGGAGUUUAUGGCAAAGGGAAUUUUAUGGAUGGGGCAGUUCGCUAGACAGUAAGCUGACAAAACGAAAGACAACACAGAAAUUGCUUGAAUUUUUACCGAAAGUCUUAUCCUACGCUAUUGUACGACAAUGGAAAUGAGUUAAGGUGUGAGGUCGUGGGAAGUAAUUAUUGUUGGCGGUGUAAUUUCUGCGACAGCCUGCAAAUGUAUGUCAAGAUAAAACCCCAUAUGACACGAUCCACAGCCCAAUGACGCUGAAGUGGGGCUCUUCUCUAUACCGUUGCCCAGAAUUUUGCUGAUGUCUUUAGGAUAUGCGUCAGCUACUCCGACGCAACUCGUGUCGGCAUGUCCCGAUGCGACACAUGUUCCACACUAAUUAUUAGCGUUCUGCAAGACAACCCCUCCCACCUAGAAAAGGUUUCUGCAGAAAACUACAAAAAUAAGUGCGUCUUGUCGGUAAUCAACAUUCUUUACAUUCCAUGCACCACUUGACGCUACCGAAAAUUAUUUAUCCAUAUUAUUAUUUAUCCAUAUUAUUAUUAUCCAUAUUAUUAUUAUUUAUCCAUAUUUAUCCAUAUUAUUAUUUUAUCCAUAUUAUUUAUCCAUAUAAUGAACGAAACCCAAGGUCCUUAAAAAUGCACUGGUUUGAAAUCUUCCCCAUUGCGGUUUCUGAUGAGAAGAAGCCCGAAUGCCAAUAACCGCACCCUUUCCGGAUGUAUCCAUUGAUUUGGAACCUCGACUGGUUGAUAGGUGCAUUAUAUGCAUUUUAGUGAGCAUCGGCAGUCACAGGCUAAAAUGGCGUAUAUCGUCGCCAAUGUGAUCUCGGUGGCGUGUCAAGUGCUUUCUGAAACAGCUGCUUUAACGCAUCAAAGCGGGUGUCUGCAACUGUGGAGCGCACUUUAGGCUGUUCACAUUGUUGAUCCUUUUAUCCGGAGCGAUAUCAUACCUCUCGCCAGAUGGGUUUACGUCAACCAGUUCUCUCAUUUAGGGUACUGUCAUCCGACAGAAUAUAAUGAGACCGCAUAUUUUUAUCCAGCAGACUUUGGAAUCAUCAGUUUGUCAGAAGAUAACUACCCCACCUUGUCCGUAAAUACAUACUUUCGUCACGUACAGACCGAUUUGGAUUCCUUUAGCUCCCUGGAUGAGAUGGCUUUGGCCUAUAAUCUUUCAGACAUGCACUUGCCAUUUACGAGGCCGCGAUUACAGUCUGAAGUGUGACUUGGAAAGGGAACCCCCCUAGUGCGAGCGACCUUUCGUUCAAUUCUGAGAAGGAUCCCUCUUCUGGUGUCCAGGUCUAAACACUUACCCUGACCCAAACUUUAACUCUAACCUUGGGCCCGUCCUCCCACCCGUGUCUCUUGCCUUUAGAUUAAUCUUCCUGGCUUUUAGUUUAAGGUCACUUGCAUUGCGAGGAUUCCUAUGCCCGGGACCUACCACAUCAGGAUUCAACUUCCUAGAUUUCCAUUGUCGUUCCCGUUGAGUCAAAGCACAACAUUGUCGGCGACAAACCUCGUGGAGUGCCAGCUGAAAUUAUGAAAUGUGUUUUCAGUUCGGGGGAUUAUUUAAAUGCUCUUGCAAUUGUUAUUAUCGCACGGGACCAUUUCCUGACACAUCAGUCGUGGCGGAAUUCCAACGUUUGAAUGAACAAAAACUGCGGAAACUAUUGGGAGUUUUGUCAGUUUUGUAACACACCAUAUUUUCUUCAACUCUUACACCCAAGAGUUGCAUAUAUUGGCUUUGUAAACUGUUCGGUGCUUAAUAAUCUUGAACUCGACCUGCCAUUUCCCUUGUGUUUAGGUUUCUCUAUCAACAUGCUGCAUGCAUUCCAUGUAUAGAAAAGCCUAUAGUAGACGGGCUAUCUCGAGCUUCUGAAGGACGUCCUACAGUUAAUUUUACCCUUACUAAAAUUCUCCUAUUUUAUACUAAAUAGAAAAUCUAUUCGUCAUCGGCUAAUCCAAGUCCAGUGCGGGGUUUUAAAGAUUUUGAGACAAACAUCUCAGACCGUUUUGGUGGCAGGAACGCAAGCUACAAUUCGAGAAGUUAAUAAACAAAUAGUUUCCAAAAAGUGAACUUGGGAAUCGUUAUACUGUAUUCUGAUAGGACAUUUUGCUUUGUGAAUUGUCAGUGCAAAUUGACUUCUCCGUUAAGGGUUCUGACGGUGUAGAUUUGCUAUUUUAUGCCUUUGUAAAGGUCUGUUUCAAGGUAUUUGGAAUUUUUAUAUUCCAGCGCAGGCAAAUUUGUUCGGCCCGAAAAGUAGUCUUUUUUCUUUCGUGCAAUGUCUAACAGCUUCAUUUGUGCAGUAACAUACAUAUUAACCUCUGAUUUACAUCCAGAGUAGCUUUAGGAGGAAAAGGAUACUUAAGAUUCAUGAAACAUUGCAGUCACAUCUCACCCAGAAAUUUCAGUUUCACAAGUGGACUUCUCAUUACAACAAUUAAUGCAAUCAGCUGGUUUCCCAAAUAAAGCGCUGACAGCUGUAGCCGAGGCAACAGUUAUCGCAAAAAUUUAAUAAAGGCAUUCGAAAGAAUCCGUACUGAAAACAUACAGCUAUUGACAAUUACUGCAAAUGUUUUGUUGAAAGUCAUUGUCCUACCUCUAACAGCAGGCAGGUCCUCAGGCACUAGUUUAAGAAAAUGUUUCCAUUAUAAACUGUUGUUCUCAGCCCAAAUAUGUACUGCCCUUCGAGUUGGCGACGAACUGUUUCGUUACUCGUGCCAGGUUCAGAACUACCAGUAAGGUGCAUGAAUAGCAGUCUGUUUUCCCCAAAAAUGUACCUAUUUAACGAAAAUUCUUAGGAAACUACGAAGUUAACACAACACGAGUGAAUAUUUCUUUUACUGGUCAUGAUAAUAACCUGCAAUCCAAGGUAUUUGGCUCUGCUACUGUCCUGCUCUUGAUUCAACAGGUAAAGGGUAGUCAAGUGGUUAUUUUCAUGUUCGCUUGGCAAGUAGUUUUAUGCCUGGUCAGCACAACGCACGGUCGACACCUUGCAUUCACAUGCAGAAUUCGUCAAAAAUAAAUGGGUAAUAUCUAGGACCAGCUGGAAAGUAAGCGGCGCAGUCGUGUCAACGGGACUUUUGGACAUUUGCUCGGUGAUUUGCGCGUGAUUCCUUUUACAAUGACAACCGACUUGCGCAACGUCUACCGCACUCCCUCCUCUUUCCCCGCCCAAAUCCUGGGUCUAGACAAAGUCAAGUAGUCGGGGGGGCGAGGGAAGCCACAAGUGAUUGGCAGGAUCUGAGCCAGUCGUGGCCCCCGACAGUUAGGCUAUCACAAGCAUCGACGUCAACGCGUGUUCCGUGGAACGGGCACAACACCGGUAACUUUCACAGGAAUUAAUAUAUAUAUAUAUACACAUAUACAUGUAGGCUGUUGACCAAACGUCAUAUAUGAAAUCACACUAAUUACUAAACGAUAUUUAGAUGUACAUUCCGCUGAAGCUCAGUGAUGAGACGUUAUUUUAUUUCUUCUCUCAUAUUUACUGCGUUUUUGAUAUGAGAAUACAUUCUAUACAUCUAAAAACGAAGUUUACUAGAUUUGAGCCAUUUCUGAUGUUUUCGGGAUAUUGCGCUUUUCUAAAAAAAUCGACAUUUAUAAACAAUGCAACACUGACUUUAAUAUUUAUUUUAUGUUUUUAAUAUUUUCAAACUUGUACUUAAUUAACAUAGACAUUGAACUCAUGAAAUGGUGUCGAUUGCGAACGAUUGGCAAUCAUUCAUAAAUUUCGACACACAGCAUGAUUUACUUCACUACGUGUAUAUAGUGAGACAGGCUUAUGCAGCGUCUAUCGCGCCCUCUUCCUUUCCUCGUCCACCUCGUUCUGAUGUCCAGACGACCCGAGGUUUACACAAGCGCAGUGAAUGACAAGACUAAACACUUCGUCUACACCUGCUGAAAACGACCUGUUCCCCACUGCAUAUGGAGUUUUUUGACGACAUUUAUGAUCUCAGGUUGAUCACAUUCACAAGAUGUGCUUGCAGCUUAGCUUUCGCGCUCCUGAAAAGGAGCGCAUUAUGCUUUCAGGUGGCGGCCUCUCGAGUCCUGAUUAAAUUAAAAGAGUCAGAUUUGCAAUACUGAAAAAUGUGUUGAUGUAACAUGGAAUUCACUGCCCCGCACUUUAGCUCUUGCCUCACACAUAAACCGGUCCACUGCUUUUCUGGCAUCCUCUUGAAGACAUGGAACCACUUUUCAUGGGGUAUUUUUGCAGGGCUGGAUACGCAUUACCAACGUUUACGCAAGCAGCUUGAUCUUUGCUCGCAAAUAAAAGGUACUGCUAAGCUGUACGGUGAAUCUGGAGGGAGUGAUUCUUGGUAAGCAGGGGCAAAUUAAGUGAACGGUAUGGUCAGUUAUCCGGUAAUCUAUACCCAAUACUUAAUCCCCUCAAAAGUGAAGAGAAAAACUAACUCUCACCUAGACCCCCCACGGUGGCAAGAGGCUCAGAUUGAUUGCUGGGGGUCUUUAUGGGGGGGGUCGUUCAGAAUCCUACAGCGGGAAUGCGAGCAUACCAAGUUGGUGACGGUGGCCAUUAAAUUAGACACUUUUCCCUUUCCGGAAUGUAGAAUGACCUUAUUCAGCAGCCAGUACUACUUACUGGCCCUUUUAUCACAGAAGGUUUCUUCAGCGAAGGGCUACACUUUCCAGGAGUGCUAUUUUCACGUGAACAUUAUGUUAUCAUCUUUCGUUCAAAAAAUAGCAACAUAAGGAUGCAUCGAACUGACUAUUCGAAGAACAUAUUAGGGCACUUCAGACGUCAGUACUGUUAUAGCGAAUAAAAGUUCUGAUUAGGAUGACUGUUUUAAGACAGAAUAAUAUUAAUUUUGCUGCCAAAACCAAACUUGAUCAUGAUCUGCACGCCUCUAUAAGCUGUUCAGUUACAGCCGGGCGUAAACGUAAUCACAGUUUUAUACUUAAGAGUCCUUCUGCUACAUUUGUCCUCUUUUGACGCCGACUUGGAGUUGGCCUCUUUUUUGGAGUGAUUGGGUAACGGUUUUGCCCUCCUAUUGCAUAUGAAACAUUGUCAGUACAAACGACGUCGAGAGCACCUCCGCGGCGAACGAACCGACGAGCGGGCGGGCGGCAGUUGAUUGAAGCAUAAACAAGCGAGUAUUCUGCAGAAAGCCGCAAAUGACCCCGGGCCAUUAGAUGAUGGGUCAAAGAUUAGACGUGCCCCACCUCGCUAUCAACGCCGCGCCCUCUUAACGCGGCAUGAUUUAUUGCGUUUGGUCGAGGUAACUUCACCUCAGCGAGGGGUAGAAGGGGAAGCAUAGUCUGCUGGACGAGGUCUUAGCUGGAAAAUUGUUUGGACUAAGGAAGAAACUUUAAUCAAGCAUGAGAGAGGAACAAGACGGAUUAAUUUUUUACUGGUCGCGCUACCCAUUCAAUCAGUACCUAUCAACGUGGAUUUGAAAGGGUGAUCCCCAAAAUAUUGCAAGCCUGGGGUUUGAUUAAUGUUAUUUCAUAUGACCAUAUACUUAACUAUACAACUUAGUCUAUCGAAUUACAGUCCACUGACAUCAACAUUAUGUGAUGCACUAGUCAGGAGUUCUGGAAGACUAUGCUAGUAAAAUGAUUUGGAGAGGAAUAUUUGCCUUGCCACAACCUUAGAAUUAGGCUGCAAAAUCUUAAGAAAAUGUUUCUCUAUGAGUUUAACUGCGGCAUCCGCACGGUUAUGAGGCAAUUUGAGAGUGGGAUAGAGGACUAUUUGCUAUUACUGCAGAAUGGCAGACAUUGUCGUUGGUGGCAUGCAUUCAAAAAGUCUCCAUCGCACUUUAGAACGCGCAUUCAGUUAUAAUCCCCAAAUUCGGUUUCAUUGGCGGCCCUUCUGAUUAGGAACAAAAAAUGCUAUGCUUUGUAUUUUGAUGUAUAAAGCCUACUCAGUAUACAUAGGACAGUCGUUUUAAUGUUUUUUUCAUCUUCUAGGCCUUACUAAAUCCCAAAUCCUGAAUUUAAUGCGGACUGGUCGACUGCGCUUCAGGCUUGUGUGAGUCAACAUUUUGGUUUACAAAAAGCACGCUCCUAAUCUGUCUUUCUGCCUAUAGACCACACGAUGGUCCGUCUCAUAACAAAUUAAUCCGCUGUACUUGUUAUUGGUCAUAAAAAGCACCUACAUUCUCGACAAAGCAAUCCGAAAAAUUCGGUCUAACAGACAGUUCCAGACGAAAUUAUAAGUUCUCCCAAUUAGUAGAAAAUUCCCCUUUGAAGUCUCUUUGCAUGCUGCAAUUAUAAAAACAUCGCAACGUCUAUCAUGAUAAUUAACUUAAUAAACUACUUUAAAGUUCUGAGCUGUCCUGUUUUUUGAAACAGUACGUCUUUAAUAGAGAUCAAAGCACUCACAUUAACCGAAAUUUGCCUAUCAAAAUAAAGGUCUUUUAUUUUCACUUCAUAUAAGGGCUUUAACAUGCGGGCUAAAUAAAUGGGAAAAUCUGGAAAAAUCUAUUCCACAGCAGUAAUUUCAAACGUUUUCGGUAAGGCUUUGUCGCAAAUACUUUUUUAAUUAUUUCUUAUGGCAGGAUUUACUAUGUCAAGGUUAUAAUGUUGAGAUGUAAUUGUGCUCAACUGCUGUCACCGAAUACAUUCCUACUAUAUUUUAUAAAUAAGUGACACCUAACUUGCAGUAUUUUCACAAUAAAUACGAGCGUUUUUUGUUUUUUAGAUUCUCAGAGUGA